GUCUUCUUUUUCGCGUACUACACCGUCGACGUCAGCGAUUCACAGAUGGCCAGAAUCAUAACUUAACGCUGCGAAACGUAACCCGGCGGAACAAUGUUAGCUUGAACUUAAUCACGUAACGAGAAGGAUCACGGAGGCGAUCAACAUUUUUUGACGUUAUACGACUUUUCAUAGACGAUGGCUCAUCUAAUCUUUGAAACACUCCUAAUCGGUGAGGAAAAAAAUACCCGAAACUAAAAAAAAAUCAAGGAAGCGAAAAAUGCUCUUGAGUGUGAGCGCCGUUUACAAAGGACCAAUUUGCACACCAGUCUGAACUCCAUAAACAAGGCCGCUUAUAGGUGCGAAUAUCCAGUAUUGCAGAACACGGACCUAACAGGUGAGUGCAUUUGAUAACCGGCUGAGUUCAAGCAUUUCCCUGUAAGCGUUGGGACUCAGUAGAGCGAAAGGGAUGCUAGACAGUUUGCAAAAGAAAAAUAUGAACCGUCAAGGCUGGCUCCUCUGGAAGGAACACGGACCAAAACCCGCAACGGAGAGCAGCCAAGGAGGACCGUGUGGAAAACAAAAGAUGGCGAAAGCGUCGCGCAACGGAAAACUUCAAGACGUAUCGUGAUUAUAUUUCCAAUACACCGUAGUCAAGCUGAUCGAAAACCAGCGUUCAUCAAAUACUGUUCGGUCGCUGUACGCGACCACUAACUUCUCUUCAAGGAAUUAUUAGCAUUCAAAUCGUUGGAUCGGACGACGCAGCAAAUGUAGGCCGCGAUCUUGAUCUCUAUUUUCUCGACGAUGAGGACUCCAUGGAUUCCCGCCAGUCACAACAGGUUAUCGGUGGCAGUCACCAUGUCAGUAAACGCGAUGCAACGGCGGGUACUGGCUUCGGAGUUCGAAAGUCCUCAUCCAGAAGCGGCGCUGGUGCCGGUAACAGCAGUAAACGGAAGGAGCUAACAAUUGCUGAGUCGCUAAUGGGCUCUGGCGAUUCGGAGGAUAGUGAAGAACAGGAGAGUACUGAGCACGGUCGCCAUUCGAAGAUCUCAGUACCGUCGCAACCUCACUCGAGCGACGAUGAAAAUGACGAGGACAUCGAAGGUUCGGGGGACAUGUUCAAGCCGCACAGCAAACCCAAGGCCACAGGCACAACAAAACGACCAGGCCACGUCAACGGGCCCCCGCCUCUGCGCGAAGACACGGACUCAAGUCAUACGGGACAGCUUGGCGGCGGUGGUCACAGCACAUCAACGGAAAUCCCAACCAGCACCUCUACUUUGUCGUCAACGACGACAUGGUCAAGCACCUCGUCAAGCGUUCCAAUAUCAUCGACGCGGCGGCCUCUGAUUGCUCCGGCGAGCACUACGUCGAUGCCGGAAGACGACGAGGAUUCUGAGGACGAAGGUGACUAUGAGGGAUCUGGCACGAGCGAACUGUCUGCUGGAAAGGCCACGGGACAUAUUUCCGCUGGAGGUGGCGUGUUCUCUAGCAAAGAUAGAAACCGCAAGAAACAGGAGGAGUCAACGGAUGACAGCUCCUCGAAGUCCAUUGCUGAAGACCCUGAGGAAUACUACGACGAAGAUGAAAAUGAAGACAGCGACCUCGAUGAAACAGAAAUCCUGAGCCUUCCAAAGGGCAGUUCAUCACCGACUUCUGGCCCAUCAAGCACUUCAUCGAGUACCAUUUUAUCAACUAUCGCUCCAGCCACAACAACAACAACCACGACAGCAGCUCCUUCAACAACGUCAUUUGCGAUUCCAUCUACAACCAUCCCGUCCUCGACUACCGCAAGCUCUGGAUCAGUGUUCGGGAGCGCGGGCAAUGCUGAUCUGGAAAAUGACACCGACGACGAAGAUGACGGCGAAGACGAUGACGAAGACGACGGGGAUGAUGACGGAUCCGACACCGAGGGCGCUGGUGGCGUCCUUCACGGAAGAACGGGCGCAGCCGCUGAAGGUGGCGAGUCGACCGCCCUCGACGAGGAUAAGUACCAGAGGGGCAAUAAACCUGGGCCAUCCGGUCAUUUGCCCGACGGUAACGGCGUCGCGAGCAGUGACAAUAGUCAUGGCUAUGAUACUGCCCGAAGAAAGGAAACAGAUGACGGAAAAAGCGGCAGCAGCGGGCCAUCGCGAGGUGGCGGAGGACAAAAAUGGGAUGCAAAAGGCGAUGAAAGCCGGGAAAACAGCCAGGAGAACGAUAUCACACAUGACAGUGAUGAUGAUAAUAAAAUUUCUAGCGGUGAAGUGCUUUUGCGGCAUAAGGCGACACAACGGCCGUCCACCCUGCUAGGCCAACCCGGUAUACUGGUGGCCGUUAUGGGGGGCGCCGUAGUCGGCCUCCUGCUCGCGAUCCUGUGUGUGAUGUUCGUUGUGUACCGAAUGCGCAAGAAGGAUGAAGGAUCAUAUCCACUCGGAAAGCGCAACCAUGAUGAUCACUUCAGCACUCAUCGGAGGAACUACAUGAGGCCCUCAGCCAAUAAGGAGUUCUACGCCUGAUUGAGCUGUGGUUGAGCGCCAAUAGCAGCCUUCAGCAUUUCUUCCCCAAAUAGAGAAAAAAAAAAGAGAAUUUCAAGCGCAACCGCAAAACAUUCGUGCACCCGCGUAUCAACAUGUACAUCAUCACCUGCCGUCUCCAAUGCCUAUGUACACAUAUAUAUAUAUAUACACAUGGAUAUGCCGAAUCACAGCACUCGCGUGUACGACCAUGAAUCACCUAUCCACUGCUUGCCGGGUAGUCCACUUCUUCGUUUUAUAGCAGUUACAACAUAUGGCACAAUCAGGUGUGACCUUGAGGUAACCCCAAAGGGCAUUCAUAAAAUAUAUAAAGCUCACUGAUAGAGAAACCAUAGGCGUAAUCCGGUCACUGCGCGAACAGGCCUGCGGCCCAAAAAUGAGUUGAUAAUUUCACUGUCAUCGAACUGAACAUAGAACGACAAAAGUAGACAGGAACAAAAAGGAAAAAAACACGCGGAACCUGUAAAUAUGAGAGGACUUCUUUGACCCACUGGGAGCUGCCGUUAUGCCAUAAAAGAUCUAGACCUGACAUUGUCAUACCUCUUGUAAAACUCAAAUCUUUCGAUUCCGGUCGAAGUUUAUUUCUGCCGCAGCAUGAAGACAAAAGAUCUCCGUGAAGAACAAUAAACCAUCAUGGUACCAUCAUGCAACUUCCAGGAUAUCUACCACAAGCUUCGAUUUGAUAUGGCUUCAUAAACGCAUCAAAAAAAGCUAGCACAAAGACAAAGAAGAUGAAAAAUUAUGUACCGUCGAAGUGAAACCAAAAAGAAGAAAUAUGAAAAAAGCUCUUAAUGAGAUAGAAAUUCGGGGCCUCACGAGCAAAUGUCUAGAUGACCCCGAUUUGUUGCUGUCACUGUUGGCUGCGACAUAGAACCCAGCUAUUAACAGACAGAUGCAUAGCAAAGUAUAAACGCAUGCUCGUGCUAAGCAAAAAUAUAGAAAAAAAAAUGUAAUAUAAUUAUAUGAAAAUUAUAGCAAAAUAGGGCAGACGCUACUCAGUGAUUACGCUUGAAUUCUACUCUUGCAGAUAGUCGGAAUUAUCCAUUCUGGCCAGUUACGAAGUGAGUGCGAUGAUAAGUCGCUUACCAUAAGCAACUCUACAAUAUCGACUCUGUAAACGAUUUUAAGUUGUACGUAACCGGAGCCGAGCCCUUACAUGGUAACUUAUUGGAGUCGUAUGGUGGCAAUUUACGGGUUAUUUGGUAGACAUGCAGGUUGAUUGAGAGGCCGGGAAAUAAAAGUUAAGUCACUAAUUUUAACAUGAGCUCCCUCAUUGAUUAAAUUCGAGUUGGCCCCUCUACCGUUACGGCUGUUGGUUCACUUCGAUUCUUUUUCCUUUGAUUCGUUCUUGUUACUGCAGUGUCGUAUCACAUAUAAAGUAUUUAACAUUCACGUAGCCACUAUCCGAGAUAAUCGGCGCAUGACAGGCGCUGGUUGGAAUUGAAAUCAAUGCAUAUCAUAAAAGCUGCAGACAUUUUAUUAUAACAAUUUAGAAAAAAAAAAAAACAAUAAUUUUAAGCAUCAAUGAUCUAUUAUCGCGUCCCACCUAUAUAGCAAUGUUGGUGAUCAAAAAAAGAACCGCUCCUCUAAUUAAAACCUACUUUCGGAAGUGAUAUUUCCUAGCAUAUGAGCUUCUCUUCUAAACAACCCGCCCAAAUCCACUAGCCAAGUCAGGCGCAGCCUCUAUCCCUGAGACGGCGAUAAUUAUUGUUCGAAACGAAGAACGAAGAAGACGGAACCCCUUAAAAGCGAGUCGAAAGUCCGCAGUCGCAGAGAAGAAGUUAUGGUAAGCAAGAACAAGACUGGCGAGCGUGCAAUGAUUAGCGUGAGAGAUAAGUUAGUCUUGCCAACGUCACAUGUAUAGUUUGUGAGAAGAUCAAUCAGGGAUGGGCGUACAGGUAGGCAUCACAGAUAACGGUAAGCGUCGUAUCAUCACCAGUCCAUAAUGAUACAUAAAUGAAAUUUCAAAACAAGUUACAGUUCUUAAUACUCGUUUCUAUAACAUUGUCAAAUUACUAGUGCACCAGUUUCCUUGCCUCUUCCAGCCGUUUCCUUUACCCUGACUAGCCCUAGCCCAACAGUACCGCACGGAUAUCUCUGUACACUUAGGUGUAUUAAUAACGCGAGCAAUGGGAGAUACUUAAAUAGGCGCCUAUGCCUGUUUCCGGAUUUCUUGUACGAGCGUCAAACUGACAAAUAUGUCCUGUUAGGGGUGCCGGUAUAGGAGCAAAUUAGCGGAGGACGAGAACCUCGGUAGAGCGUGACCAGGGUAUGGAAUGACAAUAUUCGGUUGUAAAUGAAAGGAAGUGGAAUAUGUAAUGCUGAUGGUGCGCCGAACCGUAACUUUUAAUACAAAUUAUAAUGGAGUGGUAUAUACGAUAACUAUGAUUGAGAUGAAAGAUUUCCAAGGCGUUUAGUAAUCCAGGUUGUCGGUUGGCGUUGACUGAUAUUGUGUUCACUAUCUUCUCUCGAACAGAAAGGAUUGCAAACAAAGGAUUCCACUCCUGAUUAGUGAUGAGUGUCGAUAAUCUUAUCCGAUCUAAUCUAGAGACGAAACCGUAAGACAGCCAGCACAAUAAGAACGAUAAAUUGAUAAUAUUUUACUGGAAUGAGGAGUUUUUCCUCGUUGACCGUAUGCGUGACCGACACAUUAUAUAUAUAUAUAUAUAGCAGAAUAGUAGAGAUACACUGAAGGGAAAAAAGCAACUGGGUGGCAAAAUUGGUGGCAAAUGCAGUCUGAAUAAUGAUGAUAACAACAACAGUAAUGCUGAUGAUGAACAUGAAAAAUGUGGUAAAUCCAUCAUUUUUAAAGGAACGGAUACAACCACGUGUAGCAUAUCAAAAGUGACGAAACAACUGAAACCCCAUAUAUAUAUGUAUGAUGACACUAUGUAUGAAGGGGAAUAAUAACGUAUAUAUAUAUAUUAUUAGUAUAAGACACAAGUAAAUGAAUAGAAAUAUGUAUACAUGAACAUAUAAAAUGAAAUGAAAAGUUGAAGAGUAGGCCAUGCGAGCGAAGGACAGGACUGAUACAGACGACGAAGUAAUGUAUUUGACACAGGAAAUCCAGACGAUCACGAUGCUUGAUAGUUUCAGUUACUAAACGGAUGGGCAUAAAAUAAGAGCGAAAGGAAACUGGGCUACAAGUAGCUCAGUAACAGAAGAACCACGAGACACAAUCAAAGCCAGUGUAGUGGAAAAGGCUCCUCUAAUAUAAGGAGAAUAUAUAUAUAUAUAUUAAAACCAGAGAACUUCAACAUUAACACAUACGGAAAAACAUGCGGUGUGAGAAAAUACUUUAACAUUAAUAAUACUCGACUCGAAUUGGCCUUAGUUGUUUGGACGUCAUAAGCUGUCGAAAACUGAAUGACCUGAAGCCUGAAUCGGCGGGAGUGCAUAUUUUCGUGUCGUAAGCUCCACUAUUUAUUUAUCGACGUUUCACGGGCGCCCUAUCUCAAAAUCCUUAAAUAGCAUCAGGAGACGAGCUUGAGAAGCGCUCGGUAAUGAAAAAAUGGUGGUGUAUUUUCCAACCGUAACUUCGUUCUACCGCCCAAAUUUGCAACAGAUAUCGAUAAUGAUGAUGAAUAUCUACCUACACACGAUAAUAUCAAUCGACCGAUAAGAAGUUUUCGAACGAACUGAGCCUCACAACUGUGAAGACAUAAACCGCCAGAACGGCGGUAUUCGAAUAAGAUCAAUCGACGCUCUCGAUAAUCCGAAUAGGCGGAACAGGACCGGAAUUAGACCCAUCUUUUUGUUGGUGAUAGUAUUAUUACAUGAUGACGUCAAACAUUUGACAACUAGUUCAAGCUAGGUUUCUGUGUUAGUAACUUUUGCUAGUAGUAAUAAACAAACGUAAUCAUACAACUGCGAUAACACCGGUAGAAGGAAUACAUUAUUUUUUUUUAACGUUGUUGUCACACUUCGGAAAUGCUCAGCGUUCGGUCGUUACGGCCAACCUGUUACAUGUUGGAUUUCUGCCGUACUAAGAGCAUAUCAGAUUAUAAUUGUUCGUAACGAUUUAUGCCUAGAGCCGUCAGCUUAUAAAUGUGAACUAGAACAUGGAAAAUGUGCAGACCUAUUCUGCAAAUGCAGAAUAAAAUAAAUAUACUUACAAAGUAUGUUUAACGUAGACGCCAUCAUACUGAGCGAUGCACGCUAGAAAUACCACUGCCGUUCGGUCAUAAGAUAAAUUUUAAACACGCACACACACAUAAACACGCACGCACACACACACACACAGGCACAUAUAAACACGUAUGCUACGCUAAUCUAGGUCGUUGUCGUUUGAUCUGUCCAAAUUUUAUUCCCAGGCAGGUCAUGAAACCGCUUCAGGUGUUUCGAUUUGUCGUGUAAACGCUCUGUAUAUAUAAACAAAUCAUAAUACUGCUAAUACUAUUGACUGAAUAAUGCUGACGACGCCGUCAAUAUAUUAGAACAGGAUAUGUUCGUGUGAUGAUUGGACAAUAAUACUUUAACUAAAAAACUUAUCAAAUGGCAAAUACAGGGAGCAAAAGCAUCGCUUGGAAGUUAGUACACAAAAGGUACGAGAGGAAAAGUCAGCUUCAAUAAGACACACACAACUAUGACAAAUAGCAACCUGGAACAUAAUAAUUAACUAUAUAUAUAUAUAUACAUAGAUAUAUAGAUAUAUACAUAUAUAUACCAUAGGUGCAUAGACCGAAACACUGCACUAGUAACACCGCUACGGGCACCGCUACUCAAUAAUGAAAUAUCUCUUUCCUAGUGUUUAUAAUCGUGGCAACAGAAGACUCACCGCUGGCAUUCGAAUUUCCGCCGUGAUACGGUCUGCAUAUACCCAUAUAAUUAAAACAAACACACACGAGCCUUAAAACUCUAGAGGAUUUGACAAAUAUUGAUGUCACUUUGUAAUCGAAGCCCGAUCUCUAAGCGAACUAAUGAUUUUUAUUUGACCGGGAAUCGUCACAGCGAACGAGAUAAAAGUGUUUAUAUUGAAGACACGCAUAAGCGGCUUACCAUAGCACUGCGAAAUAGAACCGUUGUUUAGGGGGCCCCCAAUAACUGUACGUUUAGGUAACUGUAAUAACUUAACAUAUAAUUGUUAUAGUGUUUCGUUGUCGCAGUAAAGUGCUACCUAUAUGUGUGUAUAUAUAUAUAUAUAUAUAUAUAUAUAUAUAAAGACAAACAUUAUAACUAUCAUUAUUAUUACGAUCUCGAAAUACAGGUACAUAAGAUGAACGAAACAAUAACUGAUGAUGAGUCUAACUAUAUAUAAGUACAUAUAUUACCUAGAGCACACUUGAACAUGAGUGUAUAAUACCUGGACAUAAGGGCGCUCUGGCACACGUUAUCCAGAUUAACAAAAUAAGACCAUAAGGAGAAGUCAAUGCACUGCAGAAGACGCAGUUUUAUCGUCCGAAUUAUAUUGGUCAUCUGCUAAAAGUUCUGAAAAAUCAAAGCAAAAUCGGCCCAUAUUGAUAAUGUACUCUGUACUGUCGACGACAUGACACUUAAAUAUAUAUAUAUAUAUAUAGGUAAUAAUUAAUUAUGAUCCGAUUAUAACCCUAGACACGAUAAGGAACAGCACUUCUAUAAGUCGAUGGCACAUUUGUUGUCUUUUGAUCUGAUCGUCUAAGGAUUACGCUGAAGAUUAUAAAAUGAUGACAAGAAUACUAAUUGUAAUAAUAAAUAUAUAUGUAUGUAAUAGAGAAACAAUAAAAUGGGAUGAAUAAUUAAGUAUUGAUGAUUGAAGCCUGCUUGUAAUAAUAAGGCUUGGUCAGGUGUGAAGAACUGAUACCGACAUUAUCAACAAGGGAAUUCAUGACAAUUGCAGAAAUAAUUAUUAGUAAUAAUAAUAUUAUAUUUACUAUUAUUAUUAUUAUUACUGUAUUAUAUAUACAUCCAUAUAUAACACAAACGAUGAUGAAAAGAUAUCAGCAAUCUGAAGAUGCGGGGUUGAUUUAAGCUUAUUCGAAUCGCUAUCGACAGACGACGUAAAUAAAAGCUAAAUGAAUAAAACAUUGUGAGAAUUGCGGGGAAAGUAAAAUCAACGAAAUUGAGUUAAGACUGGCCCAUGACGACAGUACGAUUAUAAACGAGAGUAGUAUGAAGAGGCGCUUGAGUUUCCCCCGGUGACGCGGGGGAAGGGCACGUACGGUAGUCCCGCGUUAUAUCACACACAUGUACCACAUGAUACACAUGUAUCAAGAAGGCCGUGGGCUAAAAAUUUUAAAGAAGUGUUCAGAGAACAAGAUGAUGGUGGUGAAGUUGAGUUGAUGACCGGUGAUGAUCGAAGAACAGAUAAUUGUAACAAUGGAGACGAUGAUUACAAUGGGAUGGCAAGCGUUAUUUUUCUAAUGUUUUGUGCCAUUACGGUGACAAAAAUAACAGUAAUAAUUAUAACAAUAAUGAGAGAAGAAGUAACGAAGUGGAUAAACACAAAAUGGUGAUGAUGAUGAUGAUAUGGCGGAAUAAAUGAAAAUCGAGGCGACGAAAAUGACGAGCACAGCGACGAUGCACGAGGUAAAGAUCAUACGAAUCAUAUUCAACCGAAAAAGCUUGCUUGACAAGUGGUUCAAGGGAAAGUCUCAAAAACUUAUUGAUUUUGGGUUACUCAAUCCAUUUAUAUUUUUUCUCUUUUUUUUUUUUUUUUUAUUAUUGAAAAAAAACAUUCUACUUUAAGUUAACUUGCGGUUACUAACAUAAAUAGAUAAACGGCUUGAAAAGUGUAAAACUUUUUAAAGUCUAAGCAUACUAGAUCUUUUUUUAAUUAAAAAUUGAUCUAUUAUUCUUAUACUAAAUGCAUCUCUAAUUAGACGUGUAUAAACGGAAUGAAACUACUAAUAAGGCUGUUUCCCGAAAGAAGACAGUAAAAAGUGUUACAAUUAUUAUACAGAAACAUAGCAGCUGAAAGGAACGAAUUAAGUCCAAGAAAUUGGCACCAAUCGAUUUAUGGCUGAAUUGCUAUCCAGCAGCUUCGAUGACAGCUGGUCCAUAUUAACCGGUUAUACAUAGACCUGGAUAAUUUUAUAUA